AUGAAGGAGCCGAAGAAAGAUUCGGAUAAACUAGUGUGGGAUCAGAUUCAGAUGAGGCGUCCAUCGGGUAACAAUCUUGUUCAUGGUUCAUCGUCUUCCACACCCAUUCCUAAGUUAAUGAUCUUUAAUAAAUCCCAACAGUACGGCGGAGACGACGGCGUCGCUCCACCGACAUUGGGGUGCCCGGGAGAAACAAAUGGGUUUAUUACAAAUGCCCAAGGCUCCGCCGAGACCGACGGAGAUUCACGACGUCGUGUUCGGGAUCGCGGCUUCUUCCAAGCUAUGGCAGCAGAGGAAAGAGUACAUCAAGGUUUGGUACAAGCCGGAACGAUGCGCGGCGUCGUUUGGCUAGACAAUCGAGUGAAAUACUCGGCCGAAGAUGGUCGGGCCCUACCGCCGGUUCAAUUCUCCAGCGACACCUCAAAAUUCGCGUACGCGAACAAGCAGGGACACCGGUCGGCUAUCCGGAUCUCGCGGAUCGUGACGGAGACGUUGAGGAUGAAGAUGGAUAACGUGAGGUGGUUCGUGAUGGGCGACGACGACACCGUUUUCAUCACCGAUAAUCUCAUUAGGAUUUUGAGGAAAUACGACCAUACCCAGUAUUAUUACAUCGGGAGCUUAUCGGAAUCUCAUAUCCAGAACAAUUUUUUAUCCUACAGCAUGGCAUACGGCGGCGGCUUCGCCAUUAGCUACCAUUGGCUAAGGCCUUGUCAAAAAUGCAAGAGCAGUAUAUUCAAAGGUAGCCAGGGUUAUACGGCUCCGAUGAUCGGAAACAAGCUUGCAUGGCUGAACUCGGUGUCCCACUCACCAAUGAACGCGGUUUCCACCAGGUAGGCGACUCCGUUUUGUCACAUUUUUUUUGUUUGUGAAAGCGCAUUUCUUUGUGUUUAGACUA